AACAAAUCUGCCCUUUUGGGAAAGGUUCUGCGCAUUGAUGUAGAUGACAAUGAAAGGGGGCCACUGUAUAGAAUCCCACCAGACAAUCCGUUUCUGCAUGAACCCAAUGCUCGUCCGGAGGUGUUUGCCUAUGGGGUGAGGAACAUGUGGAGGUGCUCGGUAGACAGAGGAGAUCCGAUAACCAAGGAAGGAAAAGGACGAAUCUUUUGUGGGGACGUGGGCCAGAAUAAGUAUGAAGAAGUAGACAUUGUGGAGAAGGGCCAGAAUUAUGGCUGGAGAGCAAAAGAGGGCUUCUCUUGUUACGACAAAAAACUCUGUGCCAACAGCUCUUUAGAUGAUGUUCUUCCAAUUUACGCAUAUCCACACAAAAUGGGUAAAUCUGUCACAGGUGGAUAUGUUUACAGAGGCUGUGAAAAUCCCAAUUUAAAUGGCAUGUACAUAUUUGGAGACUUCAUGAGUGGGUACGUAAUGACAUAUAUGCACACACAUACUAUUUAA